AUGCCGAACAACUGGAAAUUCGCCGCCGAGAACUUCGCUGGCGACGGCUACCACAACAUCAGCCACCGCUCGGUGGACAUGGUGGGCAUCGGCCCCAGCGGGCUGGGACGACGCGACAACGCCGAGUACAAGGAGGGCCGCCGCAUCAACGUGUCAUUCCCUCGCGAGGGUCACGCGGCGGUGGUGGAACUGUUCCCACCCGAGACGCCGCAGGUCGCCACCUACCAGAACAGAGAAGACGUCGGCGAAUACUUCCGAAUGAUGGAGUCUGAGCGACGUCGUCGGCUGGAUGGAAAGACAAACCUUCUGGGCGUCGUGGGAACCCUGUUUCCCAACAUGUCCUACCUGGCCCGCCAGCCCCGAUCAAUCGCCGUGUGGCACCCGCGGGGGCCGAACCUGACGGAGGCCUGGCGCUGGUUCCUGGUGGACAAGGACACGCCGGAGGAAGUGAAGGACGUGCUGCGGCACUACUACAUCCGCUACUCCGGGCCGGGCGGAAUGACCGAGCAGGACGACAUGGAGAACUGGAACUACGCCCACAAGGCCAGCCGGGGAGCCAUCGCGCGGCGCAAGCCCUACAAUUACCAGAUGGGUAUCGGUCACCUGGCCAACGACGUGGAGUUGCCCGGCGUUCUGACCGAGGGCAUCUGCGAGGAAAACGCCCGCGGUUUCUACUCGGGAUGGGUCAAGAUGAUGGAUGCGCCCUCCAACGGGCACUAG